AUGUCUCGUACAGAUGACUUUGAAAAAAGGAGAGUUGAGCUCUACAAAGCUAAUUCACGUGCUUGGGCAGGUGAAGAUGUUUUCAAAACUGGCGCCAGUCUAGACACAAGUUUAAAGAAAAAUACGGCCUUUAUUAAAAGAAUUAGAGCUGGGAUAACCAAAGAGAGUGAAAAACAGUUUAUUGAUGGAAUCAGAUCGACAUCGCUAGAAAAAUAUCUGAAUGAGAUCUCCUCUGCAUUAUGUGAAUCACUAGGUAAAGUUUCUAAGAAUGUUGAUCUCCAAAGUGCAGUAGAAGUUGUGUCUUCCCUACAUCAACGAUUUACAACGAAAUUCACGCCUUUUAUUGAACUUUAUUUUGUUAAUUCAUUUGUGCAUCCCACCGAAAAACUAGCCAAAAAAGAGGAAAAAGACCAGGCUACCAAAACUCGAAAUUUAUUAAAACUAACAAUGGAAUUGUAUUUAACAGGAGUCUUUAGAAAUCUUGAUGACAUGCCGGAUAGUGAAUUGCCUCUGUUCCUGAUGAAGCUUAAGAAUGCUAAAAAGGGGGACAUUCCAGUGAUUAUUCCUGUUUUAAAACAGGUCAUGAGCUACGAGCCAGACUCUGGAAUAACCUUAUCUGUUAUGACUUCGUUCUUGAAAAGGUUUGGGAGUAUAAUCUUUGAAGAUAACCCGAGGCACGAAGAAAACUAUAUGAUCUUUAUACGAAGACUAUUCAAAUCUUACACUGAAAAUGCAGUCUCUUUUACUGAAAAGUACUAUAAGAAUAUCAUCAAGAUGAAAGCUACUGCGAAGGUAAUAGCAAUAAAGACUGGUAAAAUAGUUGAAAAUAUGGAAAACACCGCCGACGAACUGGAUCUUAUUUUUCAAGAGUUCAAAGGAUAUUGCGAGUAUGCCUGCCCUAUGGUUGGUGUUGAAUUGCCAAAACUUGAAGCGGAAAUGGAGAAGGGUGAGACCUCCAAAGUAACAUUGGUACAACAGACGCAAAAAAGCAAUCAAUUAUGGGACAAUGAAGAUAUGAGAAGAUUCUACGAAGAUAUUCCGAACUUGGAGUCUAUUGUAUCCAAGGAAGCGAUUGAAUCUGUCAAUUCUAAAAUUCAAGUCAGCGAUGUUAAGGGUGCCAAAAUAGUAGACAUAAUAUCAAGGUUAGAUAUAGCGGAAACCACUAAGGAUGUUGACGACAUUGUCGUUGAUUUUUGGGAAUGGGGGUUGAGUAAUAGGGCAUCGAGGAAUAGAUUGAGUAAGCAUAUUGUCGAGUUAAAAGACGUGUCCAAAUUUAAAAACAUUGCAAGAUUCUUGAAGAUUAACCAAAAAUACUUUGAAAAAUGUAUUGAGGAUUUAAUUACUAGGCUAGACAAAAGUUUUAGAUUCCAAAUACAUCAUGAUACAAUUACAGAGAAAGACAUUAUAAUUUUCUCAGAAUUAAUCAAAUUCAAAAUGGUUCCAAUCCAUGUUAUUUUCCACAAAAUCAGAACAUUAAUUUUAAAUAUUGAAGUAAAUGGUAACAUUGAUUUGUUAUCUUUAAUGUUUGAGGGUUGCUCCAAAAUAUUGUUGUAUGAUGAUGAGUACAAAGACUAUACCAGAGAACUAAUACAGUUGUUGGUGCAACUUUAUAAGACUAAAAAAUUCUCCCACAGUGACAAACUGGCCGUCAGGGUUUUUCUACUUUCAUUGAAACCGCAACGCCCAAGGGCACAAAAGAAAAUGGAAUUGUUGAAGGAAGAAAGAUUUCUACUUUAUUUGAUCAAAACCCAGCUUAAUAAAAAGACCUACAAGAUCGUAAGUAAUACGAUUAAAUGCGCUGAUUGGAACAAUCUUACAAUCUACAAUAGAAUUGAAAAAAUCUUCUCAAAUGCUGCAGAUGUCAGCUACAUGAAUAUUAAAUAUUUGGCGUCUAUAUUCAAGGAUUUAACUUUAAAUUCUAAUCACUCAUUAAGAACUGUUGUUGUUGACCAAGUGAUUGAAGAUAUAACAGUUGGGUUGGAGAAUAAUGAUUAUCAAAGCUCGAGAACUAGGAUAGCGCAAUGCAUUUACUUCACUGAAUUUGUGAAUCAGAAUAUCAUCAGCAAAGAUUUGUUAGUUCCAAUGUUAUACAAAAUUGUAUGUUUCGGACAUUCCAACAACUAUCCGAAUAAAAACACGUAUGCUGAGCUUGACCCUCCUGAUGACCAUUUCAGAAUCAGAUUAGUUUCUCUAAUGUUAAAUAGGUUGCAACCAGAUAUAUUGAAGAAGAAUCAAAUCAGUCUCAUCAUAACAUUUAUAAAAUUCUUCAACUAUUAUAUUUUUACCAAAGAUCAGCCCUUGAGCGUUGACUUAGAUAGCAAUUUGAAUGAAGCAUAUGAACACUUGAGAAAGUACUGGAAAGUGGACAAUGUUACUAAGCCUAAGUCAUAUUCAGAAGCGGUGGCAGAACUUCAAAGUGCACUAUCAACUAAGCCGACAGAAAGUAACGAGGAGAAGGAUAAAGAAGCAUUGGACGAAGAUGAUAAUGAUGCAAGUGAGGCCAGUGAUGGCAGUGAAGCUAGCUCAGAGAGUGACGAGGAAGAUGAUGAAAGCGAUGGUGAGGUUGAUAUGAAUGAAGCAAUUGGAUUGAAGCCGGUUGUCCAAGAUAACAACUAUGAUGAAAGUGAAAGUGAUGAUGGAGGAUCUGGUGAGGAUGAAAGUGACGACGAUAGUGAAGAUAAUAGUGAAAACGAUGAUUCAGACGAGAGUGACAUUGAAGAGGGUAAGCAUGAGGUCGUUCUAGAUGAUGAUAAUGAUGACGGUAUGGACGAUCCUGACCAGGCUUUCCAUGAAGCCAAGCUAGAUAUUGAAUUCAAGAAAAUACUGGACGAGAGUUUACAGGGAAACAAUUCCUCAUCUUUGAACAAAGGUUUGUUGAGUGAUAGAAUCGGAACGCCAGAAUCAAUCCUGUACAAAUUGAAAAAUUCUGAAGACUCGAGUCCUGAGAACAAUGAUAAAUCUGUUGGAAGAAUAAAGUUUACGUUACUAAACCGAGCAGGAAAGAAGGUUCAACCGAAAAACAUUCUUGUUCCUGAAAGUUCGAAAAUUGCUAUGAAUGUGACCAAGGAGCAAGAGCGCUUGCGUGCAGAGAGAGACAAGAUCAAGAAUUAUGUCCUAAACAAUGCUUGA